AUGCAGGGCAGCGACCACUCCUGCGGCAGGAGGAUCUCGCCGGUGCUGUCCCAGGAGAUGAAGCUGAACGAGGGGACCGGCUCGGAGCCGAGCUCGCCCGCCCCCCCCGUCCCCCCAGGGCCGACGCCCGACGUCGACUCGGCCCGGAAGACGGCGCGCAAGCGAUACAGGAAGGGCAGCCCGUGCGCGCGGCUGCACCGUCUAGUGGCACGGCUGGCCGUGUCGCGCAAACACGGUGCACGAGAGCGGCCGUGCGUGUAUGUGUGUCGCAGGGGGAGCCUGUGCGCGCGGCUGCACCGGCUGCUGGCACGGCAGCGGUCGCAGGCCAACCUCUGGCAGUACGAGCUGGGCAGGCCGGCGUCGCGCGGCCGGGGAGACACGCGCAGCACCGUGCUGGCGGUGCGGGCGUGCUGGCGCGAGUGCGGCCGUGUGCUGCUGCGCUGCGAGCGGAGCCGCGCCCCCUCAGACGCGACGAGCAGCCGCGAGCGGGAGGAGGACGGCGACUCGAGCGCGGGCAGCAGUCACGGCGACGCCUUCAACCCCGACAUCGUGGUGAUCGUGGACCAGUGCGUGGCGCAGGUGCCGCAGUUGGAGCCGGGCUCCCUCGUCAGGAUCUACCCUCCGUGGCAAGUGAUGGAGGUCCCCCAGCCGCGGGUGAAGGUGGUCAUGUGCCUGGCGCACCUGGAGGUGGUGAGCCGCGGCGGGGCCUCGGAGCAGCCCACGGUCCCGCUGGAGUGCCCGGGAGGAGGGGGCGGCGGGGAAGCGCCCCCGGGCGGGAAGCGCCUGCUCCGGCCGGCCGACUCGGGCGCCCGGCUGAUGCGCUGCUUCUUCCCGGAGCACGGCCGGGGGGAGCGGCCGCCGCGCUCGCAGGCGGUGGGCGAGCGCGGCAGUGGCACGGACGGGGACCGGGGCACCGUGGCGGAGGCCGCGCAGCUCCACAGCUGCGUGCUGAGCGACCGCGUGUGGCUGCUGGCUCGCGUCCACAAGGUCUUCGUCUACAGAGCAGCGAGAUACAAGCUGAACAGCUCGCCAGACAGCGAGGAGGAAAUCUUCCCGCAAGGAGAUCGCAGGAAUCUUGCGUGGUCCAUCCUGUGCAGGGAUGAAAACAACCAGUUCUGUGAAGUGGAACUUGGUUCGUUCCCGGAGAACUGGGAUGGCUCGCCGGAAGAUGGAGCCGGUAACGCCCUUUCACCUGGACGUUUCCGUGGCGAUGAGCCUACUAAACGCGAUGGUAGCUCCAUCCACCGGGCGAAUGAACCGUUUGUGUCGGGCAUGGACGACAUUUCACCAGGGAACGCCCAAGUCAGCGUUGGUCGUGGAACGUUCGGCAAGCCUGGAGAGAUUCGCCCGCGGCUUUCAGCGGACCGGAACGGAGAACCCCGGAACCUGUUCGACGUGGAGUGCAACGACGGUGAAAUAGAGUUCCACAGCGACGGGAAUCGUCCACGGUCGGAAAAUGAAAUCAGUCUGUGCGGUGGUGAUGACGGAUCCCCAGGUGUUCCCGGGGACAGUCCCUGCUCUUGUGAAACUGCAGCGGAGGGAAGAACAACUUCCGACUGCAAGUGGUUCUGGGAAGCGUUGGCGUCCGAGAGAGUCCAGGGCGGGGUAUACAAGCUCAGUGGACUCACGCUGGUCAAACGGAUUACAAGGAAUAAGUCCCCGGGCACGUGGGCUCUGUUCCGCGAAGCACCGUCUCUCGCUCGCCCACGCUCCGCCCCCAGCGAAUCAGAGGCUGCCUCGGCAGACGGUGGCAGCGAAGGUGGGGCGACGAACCUCCAGUCCAUGUUCUACGUGUUCUCGACCUGCAGCGAGCAGCUCCAAGUGAGCAGCGCCGACGACCCCGCCACGUCGUUCCGUCGCACGCCUGGAAGUCGUCCUCCUGUUUCUCUGUUGGUGGACGUCACAGAACAGCUUCGUCGAGACAGCUGCUUCAGAUGUUCACUGCUGGUCAAGUUGUUGCUGGCCACACGAGGAUGUCUCUACGUCACUGACAUGUCACUGGUCCGUCAGCAGUCGGCGGGACGUCGCAGCUACGUCAUGAUCUCCAUCUGCCCUUCCUGCUACGUCCCCCUCGGAGCGAAGAACGGCUCUCUUUUGUUCCUUAGAGACGUGCUGGUUCACGGAGGCAGCCUGUCGGCGGACCGCUACACCAGGGUCGCGACGGAGGGGGGCGAGUCCCUGAGCCCCCUGCGAGGCUGCGCCCCGGCGAUCCCGCGGCUGCAGCUGACGUCCUCCGGCGGCGACCUGGUCUCUGUCAGCGGCAACGUGGCGGGCGUGGACGAGGAGACGGCCUUCGCGUGGCCGGCCUGCGCGGAGUGCGGCGGCGCGGCGCUGGCGCAGCUGCCCGGGGGCCGCCAGCUCUGCCGCCGGUGCGGGCGCGCCGUCGCCACGGAGACUAGGAUGUCGCUGGCCGUCGCGCUCGCCUGCCCCGCGCUGCCCGUGCACAGCUCCGCCAGGGUCCAGCUCCUGCAGAAGACAAUCCUGGAGCUUCUCUCUCACACCGCGAAAAGUGACGAGGGCUACGACCUGGCCACGGUGCUUGGACAGGAGAUUGGCCCACUGUUGUGUCUCGUGGAGAGAGUGCAAAUAGGUAAAAGUGGUGAAACUAACUUCCUAUUGGAACAAGUUCCUGAAAUACUUUAGCUACAGGAAUAGCAUGUGGCAGUAAAACCUCCCAUCUGUAGUAUAAGGACAGGUUUAACCGAGUAAGGAUGCAUUAUAAUUUUUUUUUUUUUUCCCAGUUGUAUACAAAACAUAGAAUUUUAAGUCUUAAUGUUUACAGAAAAUAUUGCAUUUGUCAUUCAUUGCAUGUGCUUUCUGAAGGAAAGGACUUAAAUAUUAACGUAAUUCUGUUUUCCAUGUUACUAGUUUGCAGGCUAGUGCUUUAAGAUGUAACUCCCAAAAAUAGGAAGGUUGUUCGCAACAGAUAAAAGUAAUAUUUACAGCUUGCUGUUACAGAUACACCCAACUCUGAAAAGUUAUGCAAAUGUAACUACUGUAUUCACCUUAAAAAUAUGCAACCGCCAUCUUUUUGAUCGUAUAUCUAGGAAAAAUCGACUCAUGAGUAGAAAUCACAAUUCCAAAAAUUGAAAAAUCAUUUAGAUAGGUAAAUCUAAAAAGUAUUUACAAAAGCUUUUCUGGUUCUGCGUUCCUCAGUUGGAGGGGGUUACAUGCCUUAUUGAAAAAGUUAAGCUGGACUUACAAAGAUCCGUCUCAUCCGUCUGCCGUUCCUCCGUCUGUCAAAGCCUUGUUACGCUUUAACUUUUGACUGUGUAAUUAAAAUGUAGUAUGGAACGCCCUACAAAGAAAUCAUUUAUCCAUACUGCUUCCUCAAAUAAAUUUACCCGAUAAAAUAAUAAUAUUCUUUGCAAAAAAAAAUACAAGUUAUGAUAAUCUAGCAAUCACUUGGUUAUGUUGAUCAGGGUGCCAACUAAUUAUAGGCCUUCCCCUUGGCGUUAAUAAACUUAGUUGUUACUUUACUUUUGAAAAAUCAUCAAAUCGUUUGAGAAAAUUGGUAGUUGAAUUUAAAACAAGUCACAGAGUUACAAUGUCAUCGUAAACAAACAGUGUCAGACGCACUAUGACAUAUCGUGCUACCUGACUUUCAUAAACAAUAUAUACUGUUACUGAUAAUCAGAAAGUAACCCCCAGCUUCUUAAUUGUAUCCAAAACUGAUUUGCCUGGGAUUAGUAAUGAAGGAAAUAGUGAAAUCUUAAAACUCACACUAGCAAUUCAAUGUCUAAUUAAUUAAUUGUAUAAAUUGUAUUAAUUGUAACAACAGAAAUAUUUAUUACAUGUAACACAACUAGUUCUGUCCAAGAGUAAAAUAACUAAGACUCUCAACUUUAAAAUAGGACUACUGAGGAAGUUAACAUUAAGUGUAAGGAGUAGCAACAAUCAAUAAAUGAAGCAAAAGUUAUCAUUUUAAUUUAACUUCGCCAUAUAUUGCAAAUGUAUGAGGUGUAAAAUUAUAUACGAUUUUUGGAUAUCAUAAACUACUUUACAUAAAAACACUCUAUAUCUAAUACGUAUAUACCUGGUUACACACUCAUCCGAACUUUGCAUACAUACGUUUAGUAGUGUUUUUUCUCAUUAUGACAUUAAUGAUCUAUGGUAACUUUGCUGUAUACUAGUAGAUUCUAUCCUCGGUUUCAGGAACUAGUGUAGCUGGUAUCCAUGACGGUACACUGCCGCUGUGACUGUAAUCGUUUCUCCCAGUCGAUGUGAAGCGCCGCAAAAUCUUGUAGGUAGCACUCUGCGACUCUUCAUAUGACUGAUCUAAGAGUCUCUGCUAAUAACACACGAUGACAGCCAAGUAUUGCUGCAUCACAGGGUCCGUUUCCCCUCACCGAAAAUAUAGUCGUAAAUAUCUGAUGUGAUUAAGUGAUUUAAAGUUCGUAUAAUCCACGUCGGAUAGUCAAAUUCUUAACAUCCGUGUUUUACUGGUUCGUACGACGACUCCCAAGGUCUAAUGUUGAAAUCCAUAAAUAUUACACACAAAACUAUCAUAAGUCUUGAGUUUCAAAGUUUUCAAAUGCUUGAGAUUUUUAAAUGCCAAUACAACUUCAGCUUCUACAAAGCUUCGUUUUAACUUUCGCAGUAGGCUCAAAUAUAAAUAAAAUGACAUGGCCAUCCUUCUAGAUCAAGCUCUAACAAUUUUCUUUUUAAAAAUUUUUUUAAUAACAAACUUCUGGUGUCUAUCCACUGUGCUUAUUUUUUUUUUUAAAUAUUGAAUGUCAAACUUUUAGAAUAUCAAAGCAAAGCGCACACAUUGCCAAAGAUGUUACUAUCACUUUCUUUUUAAAUACAUAGAAUAAUAUUGUCUUUAAAUUAAAUUGAGUGAAAUUUCGUCACAACGGAUUAAAUUAUAACCUCAAAAAUGUGUGAAAUGCAUUGUCUUUAAUUUAGAAAGCUUUUUAGUUUGUUUACCUAUUUGUUAAGCUGCAUCGGCAUUAUGUUUUCAACUUGCCUAUGAACACGUUUGAAGCUUGAUAUGCGAAACAAAAAAAAGAUACAAAAAGUAAAAAUGCUCAGUAGCUUGAAAUUACAUACAUUAUAAUAAAUAUUUUAGAGUUUGUUUAGUAAUUUGUAAGUGCUUGGCAUACUUAAUCGACAAACUCAUGAACCUUUACAACAGAUGUUCUCAAAAAAUUUAUUAACUUAAUAGUAGUAAGUUGGCAGCAUUUAAGUAGGAAAUAUUAUGAUAGAUGUGUGAUUAGUUGUGAAUCGUUGAUCUUGUUGACGGACGGACGGGUGAUGGACAAAUGCGACGGAUAGUUGAGUCCAGCGUUGGUGGCGAUAAACGCAGCUCCUAGCUGCAGUUUCUUCAGAACGCACAGAGUGCAGUAAUGGACUGAUGGUCGCCUUCGCUAGCUGCCCCCACCCUUACCGUCACUCUCUGGAGACCAGGGGUAAGACGAAUAACCGAACAGUCGGAUAACAGAAAUCUAUUCUAAAUAUGUGGUGCAGUUGCAGUUGCUACAGCUCUGAUUGGCAUAAUUUAAAUGAAUAUAAAAUAUAUAUUUUUAAAAUAUGUUUGUUGAAUUUUCAAUAUAGUUUAUGAGAAAUGUGGCUGUUUUAAUGAAAAAGUAAUGUGAAGUGGUAUUUCAGUGUGUUUGCCAAGUAGUUUUUGCUGUGACUCUUUAUUUGAAGAGAUGAAAAUGACUAAGGGCGCCAAAAUACUUCAGGUGGACAGGUUUAGGUAAACAUGUUUACAAAUGCGAAAGUGUGCGGUCACGCGUCAGUUGUAUAAAGUGUAUUCAGCUCCAAAACAGAUUGUCUACUGUCAUUGAAUAAAUGUGUUACAAAUUCUAAUUUAUUUUGUACCUAGAAAAACAUGUUUUUUUUUUUUCCCCCAAUUGUUUUUAUGGUAAUAUAAGCAGAUGGAAAAUUAAUCUGCAUUGGUUUUAUAUUAGUAACUUUACAAGGCAGAAACAGCUGAUGAAAUACUGUAGUUAAGAAGUCAUCAUCAGCGAAAUAGGCUUCAAAACAAAAUGAUUCAUGUCUGGCAUCAUUUGCAACUUUUCUAGUUGCGGUUUUUGAGACACUUAUUCGUAAUCCAUGGCGUUUAUUGUUGUUUCCAAGUUUGUUGCUUGUCUGUUAAGUAUUACACGAACUUGUGCCAAGAACAUUCUCCAUCUUGUGUUUUUUGCAAAAGGGCUCUUUGUACUCUCUACACUAACAGCUCAUCAGAGUCCUUUGUGUUAUAGCUUAUAGAUGUCGUUCUGAACUAAAUUUGCCAAACUGUUUAGGUUGAAUGAGAAAUGGCCUCGAAUGAAACAUGUUCAGAUUGUGUGACCUCACACUUAAGUUGAAACCUGAAGUAGUUCAGAGUCCUGUGUAGCUCCGCCCUAAGAUUGGACACCAGCAUUGUGUUGAUUGGUAAGGCUUAGCAUACACAUCAUAACGCAGCUUACAAAGACCACUGUUGCAAGGAGAUACAAAGGUUUUACCGAAAAAUAAUUUUUGUCGACAUCCUGUACUCCUUGAGUAGUCUUCAAAAAUAGUGAAUUACCCUAUCACAAUUUUUGUUUGUAACAUAACGUAGUUUGAGGAACCUCGCGAGGGGAAAAAAAUGUGAACUGGGUGUUUGUUAACGAUAGUGUGUGUACAUAUCACAAAAAAAAUGAGGAUACUUGACAGGUCACGGAAUUCACGAACAAGUCCUAAAAAUAAACAGAAGUUAUGAAACACUAAUUUACGGCAGCCUUUUUUUUUUUUUUUUGCACCUCACUACAGUUUAUAGUUGCACAUUAAAUAUAAAUGGUGUAUGGAUGGGCCACUUAAACCAUGUGAUAAUUAUCUGUGAUAAGGUUUUUGUUUUCUGCCUGAAAAAAAAUAUAGCACUUUUCUGCUAAUUGAAGAAUUAUUUUAUACUAUAUUAAAUUUUGCUUCUUAAAUAUUAAAAAUUUGACCUGGUGAUACAAAGGAGUCAAAAUAAAUUUAUAUUAAAAGGUCUUGAAAACAUUUUAAAAUUGGUUCAUGACAUGAUGAAUUUGUGGAACUUUAAAAAAAAAAAAAAAGGA